CUCCGCUCUCGGGAGCGAGGAGCCGCCAGCGCCCCCGCCCCGCCGCCGCCGCAGCGCCCUCGGCCGCCAUUCGGCACCCGAAACUUUCCAGCGCCCGCGCCUCUCGGGGACUCGCGGCGGCGGCGGGGCGGGGGCGGCCCGGGGGCGGCGCGCGGCUGCUCCGGGGCGCCGGGCCCUCCUCGGCCGCGGCACGGCCCGGGCUCGGCGACGGCCGGCGGCAGGGAGGCUCGGAGCGCGGCGGCGCCUCCACAAGUUGCGCUGCCGGCGGCGAGGUGACUGAGGACGGAAGUCAGGCCUCGAAAUCAACCCUCGAAGGAAGAAGGGCUUUGCCUACACUUGGCUUCAGCUGAAGGGUGGCUCCCACAUCCUACAGACCUCAUCGCCGCGAGGUGAGGCUAAGAUGAGCAUAACCAGUGACGAGGUGAACUUCCUGGUGUAUCGCUAUCUCCAGGAGUCAGGUUUUUCCCACUCGGCAUUCACGUUCGGUAUCGAGAGCCACAUCAGCCAGUCCAACAUCAACGGGACGCUGGUGCCCCCGGCUGCCCUCAUCUCCAUCCUGCAGAAGGGACUGCAGUAUGUGGAGGCCGAGAUCAGCAUCAAUGAGGAUGGCACGGUGUUCGACGGCCGCCCCAUAGAGUCCCUGUCCCUGAUCGACGCUGUGAUGCCGGACGUGGUGCAGACGCGGCAGCAGGCUUUCCGGGAGAAGCUCGCCCAGCAGCAGCAGGCCAGUGCGGCGGCGGCGGCGGCGGCGGCAGCGGCGACGACAGCGGCGACGACAGCGGCCACGGCAGCUCCGGCGGCCGUGGCCCAGCAGCACCCACCAAAGAACGGAGAGGCCACCGUGAACGGCGAGGAGAACGGAGCACACGCAAUAAAUAAUCAUUCGAAACCAAUGGAAAUAGACGGGGACGUUGAGAUCCCGCCCAACAAAGCCACAGUCCUUCGGGGCCACGAGUCGGAGGUGUUCAUCUGUGCCUGGAACCCUGUCAGUGAUCUCCUCGCUUCAGGAUCCGGGGACUCGACGGCGAGAAUAUGGAACCUUAACGAGAACAGCAACGGGGGCUCCACGCAGCUCGUGCUGCGGCACUGCAUACGGGAAGGAGGACACGAUGUCCCGAGCAACAAGGAUGUGACGUCGCUGGACUGGAAUAGUGAUGGGACACUGUUGGCCACGGGUUCCUACGACGGCUUUGCGAGAAUAUGGACCGAAGACGGCAACCUGGCCAGCACCUUAGGGCAACAUAAAGGCCCCAUCUUCGCCUUGAAAUGGAACAAAAAGGGGAAUUACAUUUUGAGUGCUGGUGUAGACAAAACAACCAUCAUUUGGGACGCCCACACAGGAGAAGCCAAGCAACAGUUUCCUUUUCAUUCCGCACCCGCCCUGGACGUGGACUGGCAGAACAACACGACCUUCGCCUCCUGCAGCACCGACAUGUGCAUUCACGUCUGCAGACUCGGCUGCGACCGCCCGGUCAAAACCUUCCAAGGACACACGAACGAGGUCAAUGCCAUCAAAUGGGACCCUUCCGGAAUGCUGCUGGCGUCCUGCUCCGACGACAUGACGUUAAAGAUCUGGAGUAUGAAGCAGGACACGUGUGUGCAUGACCUUCAGGCUCACAGCAAAGAGAUCUACACCAUCAAGUGGAGUCCCACUGGGCCCGCCACCAGCAACCCAAAUUCCAACAUCAUGCUAGCAAGUGCUUCGUUCGACUCCACGGUGCGGCUGUGGGACGUGGAGCGGGGCGUGUGCACCCACACGCUGACCAAGCACCAGGAGCCCGUCUACAGCGUGGCCUUCAGCCCCGAUGGCAAGUACCUGGCCAGUGGCUCCUUUGACAAGUGCGUGCACAUCUGGAAUACUCAGACCGGGAGUCUCGUGCACAGCUACCGAGGCACCGGAGGCAUCUUCGAGGUCUGCUGGAACGCUCGCGGGGACAAAGUGGGCGCCAGCGCGUCCGACGGCUCUGUGUGUGUUUUAGAUCUUCGGAAGUAAACCCGAACUAUUUCAGAAAAGAAAUCUCACGGACCAGCAGUGAACGUGUGAGGUCGCAGCGCUCGCCAGACACAGUGUACCCGCUCCGAAGCUGGACGAACUUGACCUGCAUUACAGCGUACUUGGAAAUCAGCUCAUCCCUGCCCACGGGAGUCUCUCUUCUUUCGUAACCUUCAUCAAGAAGUUUAAGACAGAAACACACACAGCCCUACCGAAGGGGAAUAACGGUUUCCACCCGCGACGCUCAGCCUGGGAAGCACGAAGCCACCGGCUCGACGGCGCGUGGUUUGGUUUCCAUCCAGAACAGGCUCUGAUGGCCGAGAGGAGAAAAGGAGGGGGGGAGGAAAGGAAAAAAAAAAAAGCUGUGCCAAAAAAAGGAAAAACGAGAAAAAUGCUGUGAUAAACCAAAAGGAGGGGGAGGGGACUCUCCCCCACGUGGCGGGUUUUUCCCUAACAAUUUGGACACUACAAGUUCUCACACAGGAUGUUCAAAGACCAGUUUGUACCGAUGAAAUGGCGACUUUGUAAUCCCAACACUUCCUACUUUCUAGAAUCUUCUUUGUCCGGUGGUUUUUCUAUCGGCUGGAAUGCUGUCGUCUGAGGGCCUUCGGUCCGAGAUGGAAACGGUUUCCGGUUUGUUGCCUCUUUCCCCUUGUCCGUCCCCUCUCCCCGCUCCGUGGGGUCUUGGCGCGUCGUCCACCCUCGCACGGGCCGCCGCGUGGACGCCGCCACGGAAUCGUGGCCGGACGGCUGUCCCGCAGCCCUCCCCCCCCCGCCCCUCGCUCACUCUCUCUCUGACCCUUUCUCACAGUUGCUUCGGAUCUUGGUCUCAAAGGCACUUUCGGCGCGUACUAAGUGCUUUAUGUAAGCAGGCGGGGCAGGGGGGCUUUUUACAGGAGAAAAAAUACUUAUACGAGAGAGAGCCCGGAGUAUUUUUGGAAAAAAAAAAUAUUUUUAUGUUAAAACAAUUUUAAAAUCCUAAAAAUGGCCAUCAGACAUAGAGAGCUUUGUGUGAUUCAUAUUUUAAACAAAUUCUAGGAAGACACAGGCAGGGUCUGAGGUCGCUUUUCCCUUCCCCUUCAGCUUGGCAAACGGUGGUUAGGAGUGUGGGUGGGAAAGGUCGGUCCUGCGGCCGGAGAGAGCUCAGCGCCUCCUGGUUCGGAGACGAGCCCUGCACCUCGCUGGGCGGGGGGCCCCCGAAGCCGGAGGAAGAGCGGGACGGCAGUGCCCUCUGACCCCAAGAAGCAUUCCCCAAACCAGAUGGCAUCAAAGAUGCCAUCACAGCUUGCAGCUGGGCUCCGUGUCCCCUUGACAGCUCGUGGGCGGCGCUACAGACACCGAGAACAGGGUGGCCUGUCCUUACCACGCGGACAUAAAAGGCCCCAGGAUCUCCCCUGGUCUCCCAGUGACAGAAACGAACAGGGAAUGCACAUGUCCGGUCCCGGAGGUGAAUUAUGUAGGUAGAAAACGUCACUAAUAAUUUCUGCUGUCUUCGUAAUUUCUUUCUCUCGCAAGAGAAUAGGAGAUUUUUUUUUUAAAUGAAUCUUUUUACUGUUUUUAAAAUAUUAAACAUGGCUUUGUGUUCCUAGAGGAGUUUCCUUUCAUUGGAUCAGGUGACCUUUGUACUCUUGUCGUCAUAACCGGACACGGACCUAGUUUUUAAGUGAGCGGCGGGGAAGGCGUGGAAGAGAAGGCCCUAAGCCACCUGUUUCCCGGCGGGCACAGGAAGGGAUGAGGAAGUUGGCCGGGCCUGGGGACAGGGGUCUGGUCGUGGGUAGGCGUCCGCUGGGUCGUGUGUUCCAGCAGUGACACGGGGUCUCCGUCAGAGGGUGGCACCCACCCACGCAGCUGAAACCCCACGGGCAGGGAGGGCCUUGGAAUGCGCCGGGCCCAGCUACAAAGACCGGAGAGUGUCACCCUUCCCGGCUCAUUAACUGGCUGGGGUAUUGGAAUGCUGCGCGCCCCGUCCACGCGAGACCCGGAAAGUGCUCUGUGGACGACGUGGGGAUUUCAUUCAGGCUCUGGUGCCUCAGUGCUUAGCCCGGGGGUCCGAGUCCCGUGCAGUCCUCACUCCCUUCUUUGGAGAGGGCAGACGGACUUGCUGGCCCCAAGGCGUCCCUGGGUUUGGGACGCAGUUCGCUGGGGGUCCAGACCAAGACCGUCUUGACUCCCUGUGCAAGUUCCAGUGUCACCUGCACAGAGAGUAAGCUGUUGACGGGAGCCCCGUGGUCGGGACAUCCCGGAAGGGGUUCACUAGGUAAUCUUCACAGGGAGGUCGGGAGCCUGGGCGUCAGCCUCCGAGGACACUCAGCCACUUGGGAACCAGGAGCUACAAGACCUCGCACAACACAGGCUUGACCCGUGUGUGCAGGAAGGAACGAAGCCAGAGACGACGGAAGCCAGCUGUCCACAUCCCCGGCUGCCCCGAGCCGCCAUGGCACAGGCGCUCCCCACGGGCCUGAACAGGGACGACCGUGAGCGCGCGGCCCCUUCCGUGCAGCCCCGCCCUCGGCACGACAACGACCACCAUCCGUGGAGCCUCCCACGUUCGCCCUGUGGCCAGGAAGCCGGUAGAGUCCCCUCCGUCCUCGCGGGAUGGCCCGUGGGAGAAUGCACGGUUGGUCCUUGCUGACGGCGCGGAGAUCGCGGGGAAAUGCCUCCGUCUCUGGGACCAGAGGGAACCUUGGCUCUGCAAUCACAGUAACACGGGAUGCGGCCCAGGAGCCGCGGUUGGGUUUCAAGUGACCAAGAGCGCGUUCCGCAGGCCCGCCCGGCAAGGGGAUGCUGCCCUGCGGCGGGGGGCCGGGAGGGCCAGCCGGGACAGGGCGUCCGGCCGCUGACGCCACACGGCACCCGGGACGGGACGUUCGUCUUGUCUUUCUGAACCGAGACCACGGAGCCACGUGAAGUGCACUUUGUCAGAUGUAAGGGUCUGCUUUGUUGUUAUUUUGUUGUUUAUAACCUUCUGUUCCACCUUUUCUUUUUAAAUCGUGUUUCUUGUCCAGUGCAGAAAUGUUCUUUCCGCCGCUCACUGAGGUUUUGAAUUCUGGCUUCUGCGGUUUUUAUUGUCUGUGUCAGACGUACAGCCAGAUGCGGUCCCCCGUCUGCGUUUUCUCUCGAUCCCGUCCCAUCGCAUCCGCCCCGUUCUGUCCUCCGGCCCGCUCACCCUCACGCGCUGAGAAGAGUCACCUUGUGCGCCGUAGCUCCUUUGUUUCCAGAGAGAAUCAACCGAUCAUACUCAGUGUCUUGAAUAAAUUGCUCUAUUUUGAUAUUA